UAUAUAUAUAUAUAUAUACGUGUGUGUGUAUUCAAAAAUAUAAUUAUACAUUAUGUUAAGAAAUAUGAAUGAUAAUGCAUGGAGAAUCUGAAGAAUUUACGAUACAACAUCGGUAUGAUACAAAUCCGAUGGAAUUUCAAAUUUGGCGCUAAUGUCGAUACUAAUUUGGAAUGCGCUUUGUCUUUAUUUGUAAACAGAUAUAUAUUUGAGCAUUUUAUUCCAGUUAUAAUGGAUGAUUAAGAUUACUUUUAAUUUCAUUAUUUAUUAAUGUUUGAAGUUAUGCCGUAUACUUUUUAUUAUUUGAUAUGGAUAUAUAUUUAAUAAUUAAGUGAAGCAACUUGUUUAAUAAAUGUGUGACAUGCUUUGGUUUAAUACAACCAACUGUUUUGUAUAUAUUUUCAUAUAGUCUAAUAUAAAUAUUUAAACGGUCAUGGAAAAUCGAAUUCAUGAGGAAUUAAUUAUAAAAGAAGAAGAAAACGGAGAAGAAGAAUGUGAAUCUUCGACAAGCAAAAAAGAAGGAACGACACGAGAUAACACUGAAACGGCAAUUGGUAUACGACCAAGGCCUUUGAUCUAUAAACCAGAUAAUGCAAACAUAGGGUGUAGGUCAGAACCUAUAGAAAGGAAAUGGCAUUGGGCACCAGGAGCAUGGCAAGAUGCAACCAGAACCAGUGCCUUUCAACCAUACAAGCCGCCGACUUUGUUAACUAAUUUGCAAAGGGGUAAUACGCGAACAAAAAUACCUCAACUUUAUGGAAGAACAGACAUUACAUUUCAUACGUUAGCUGGCCAGGGAGAACUUACUCCUGAAAGCAUUCAACCAGGAUCUGUAGAUCUUCCAGACGAGAAAGGUUUAACAGGUCUUAUGUGGGCUGCAGGAUACGGACAAUUAGGUAGUGCAAGACAGCUGUUAAAGGCCGGUGCAAACAAAAAUUAUCGUGGUCACAAUGGGGAGACUCCUUUACAUUUAGCUGCUGCUUAUGGACAUCAUGAUCUUGUAAAGUUACUUUUGAAUCAUGGUGCUGAUUCGAAUGCAAGUGACGAGGAAGGAAACACACCUCUUAUUUAUGGAGCUCAUGGCGAUCAUCCACAUGUUUGUUUCGAACUUUUGUCUAGAGGGGCAGAUAUUACACAUCGUAAUGUGCACAAUAUAAGUGCAUAUCAAGCUGCAAUAAUAAAUAAUUCGUUAACUGCUAAAGCAGUUAUUGAAAACUAUCUGUUGCAGCAAGUAGUAAAUGUACCAUCGGAUAUAUUACAAUAAUUUGUUAAUUAUAUAUUGUUUAAAUAUUUUUAAACGUUGUGUAAAUAUUAUCAUUAUUGUAAUAAAUAUAUAUUAUUUUGUA